CAAAGGAGUAUUUGAGUUUUUAAAGACCGCGGGAAUGUUCUCAUUAUAAUAGAACACGAUUAUGAGAGGAAACGGACAUUUAUUUUCUUUUGGUGAUAAAACUACUAGGACAAACUACGGAAAGUGAAGUACAUCUUCUGUACGAACUGGAAUAACUGCUAGGUGUAAACUGUGUCCACUACAGCGUGACAGCAGAUCUUGUGAUAUAAUUCAAUAGGAAGUUCUUGUAUUUCAUAUUCUCUGGAAUUUUACAAGUACUUUGUACAGGGUGUUCCGCAACUAAUAACAAAAUGGCACAGAAAAGUGGAUCGCGGUCUGUGUUUCUGAAAAAGCUUCACAACCUGGAACAGCAAAAGAAGCGUCAAAGGAAAGGAGAGUAUUUAUCUAAGGCAUCAUUUCUUUCGAAAUCGUCUGCUGAAAAUAUCACAGAUCAAGACAAAUCCGAAUUAGCUAGCAAAGGGUUCCCAAAUUUAGGUUACGAUGAAAGCUCCGACGAUGACGAUGAAAUUGUAGAAGACAAUGAUGUCACAUUGUACAUCGACAAUGAAGAGAGAGAAUCUUCAAGACGAAAGGCUGAGCAAUGGUUGAGGGAAUACGCAGAUGACACUUCUACAGAAUCGUCUGUACCAACCCCUGCUAGUUCCCAACAAGCCAAUAGACGAAGUGAUGAAAUGAACGGAAAGAGAUAUCUAAAAACAGAACCUGGACUUGCCAAAAAACUGAACCCGUCACAACCUCACGGGGCAAGAAAAAUAUCCUGGCUAAAUAUUUUUAAACGAAUUCAGUCAAAGAAACUGACAUACAGACUGAGUUCACUUUUAAAUAAUGAUGCAGAAAUGAGUUUUUCCAACCCUAAAUCCCUUCAUGAUGAUCACCACCAUCGCCACGAUCCUUUCAAACAACGACAACCACCUAAACGAAAGAAAACUAAAAAGCUGAAAAACAUGACAAAGGAAGAGAGACGCUUAUACUUUAAGCAUCGUGCAAACUGUAGGCUUCGCUACAAGGCUCAAAACAUGAUAGGAGCCACCGGAAGUCGCCACCUGUCCCAGCGCCGCCGCGCCUCCCUAGCCACUCCUGCCGCCUCCCCGUCCAUGUUCUCACACCUGGAGCAGGUUAAUGAGGAGGAUGAAAACAAACCCCGACUUCCGCCCACUCGGCGGCGCGCCGUGGACACGUCAGAUUACCGAACUUGUGCCAUAUUACAAACAAGACUCAAGACAGUCAGAAACUACCCCGAGUAA